ACACGCGCUUCUAUUGUCACACAGCACAGAUAAUUUUUAGGCGCGAAGUAAAAUCUUCCCGUCUAGGCCCCGCCCCCAUACGCCGAUUGUCCUAUCAGCGCAGACGAGCUCUUCCGGGUUUGCCGAGAAGCCGUGCGCGGAAGUCCAUGUGCAUGCAGAAAAGCUAAAAUUAGCUUAUUUAUAGAUUCUUUCUACUGUGGCUUUGGUAUUACUACCUGAGAAUGACCAGCACAUCAGCUCAUGAGAUAAAUAUUGAGCACUGGCUAAAUAAAGUUGUUCAGUGGAGCAGUACAACUUCGUUGGAAAUUCAGCAAGAUGUCUGCCGACAUUUGCCAGAAUUACAUGAGUUUCUAUUGCAGAUUUAUGAAACUCUAAAACAUAUGGAACCCACUUCAGCAAUACAACGGCUUCCUCUGCUUGGUCAGUUUUUGGGACGUCUUUGCUGGAACCCCUUUGUUAUUGGGCAUGAGGAUACUCAGCAGUUGCUCAUUUAUUGCCUUUGCUGUUUGACCAGCAGUGAACCACAGAAUGCUGUACAAAGAAAAGCUAAUAGUUGGGUAAAGAGACUUUUUUGUCACCUCUUUUCUUCAUCUGAAAACGGAAGAGAAGACACUCACAUUUUUACUCAACUAGAUUGUACAGCUGUUGUGUACUAUGAAAAGCUUUUAAAAAAUAUCAUUUUAUCAUUAAUUAAGCUGCUUAAAAGAAAUCAACAGGAUAACAGCACUGCGCUAUUGGCUGAGCAAGUACGCUCAAUAUCCAUGAUAUGUAUUCCUGUACUUACCAUGGCUGAAGUAUUCCCAUUGCUGGAAGCAUUACUACUCUACAAUGGACCUGAGCCAUAUGAAGUUCUUGACAGUCAUUUCUUAUAUGCUGUAAAUGAGGCUGUUCAACAGAAGAAGAUUGUGCUAAGUGAAUCAGGAGUACUUAGCUUGUGGCUUCGUCAUUUGCCGAGUCUUGAAAAAGCAGUGCUGGAUCUAUUUCAAAGAUUAAUUGCUCUCCAUAGCAAAUCUUUCAGAGAAAUGGAAGAGAUUAUAAAAGAUUCAUACUUGCCUCCCGCUGCAUGUCACCCAAGCAUAUUUAAAGUCAUUGAUGACAUAUUCAGGCGUGCUAUUUUGGAAAGUGAAGGAAACAUUAAAGUAAUAACUAUCGUGCGUCUAGUUACACAUUGCUUUAUUCAGGAAUAUUAUAAGGACAAUGCAAAGGCCAGGCUUCCAUUAAGAGCUUAUUUUUCACACAAGAAUACUCCCUUAGUGUUGGCAUUACUCAGAAAAGUUGAAGGACUGGACUCUAAUAUCCGCGUUCAGCAUUUGAAAACAAUUGUAAACAUGUUAAGACGUCUGGACAGUGAAGAAAGAUCUCACGAGAAUGUCUUUCAAUCCUGGUUUUUGCUAAUCCGUUUAGGAGCAUGGGUGGACAUUGCAGCAGAGCAGCUGUUGACGUCAGACCCUGAAAUUUCAGACGACCUGCUGUGGCUUCUGGCAUUUUAUUACAAUCCAUGCAAUGAGAGCCAAAGCAGAGGUAGAACAAUGGUUGAAGGUAAAGCUGUUUAUGAAGGCUUGGUGUCAUUCCAGAGAAGUUCCACUGUAUGUGCCAUGUCAUUCCACAAGUUAUUUUUUGAAGAAAAUAAGUUAAAUACAUGGCAUCCAUGUACUCUGCAGUUGGUUAGACAUUUGUGUGUCACUUUCAUUGUACUCCGUCCCGAGUGGCACAGUGUUGCUAAGGAUUGUAUUUCACAUAUGACUCAGACACAGGAAGCUGCCAGUGAAGUUUCUGACGUCCUGGCUCGUACUUUAAGCAGACUUGAUAUUCCAGGAAUGGAAAGUCAGAAGAUAAUCACAAUAGUGCACAAACUGCUGCAGGACUUAUAAUAUAAACCAGAAAAACAAGGCUUAAUUUGUCUUAUAACAUCACUGUAUAUAGGCUGUACUUCCCUCUUGGCCAGUUGAAAUUUGAUGUAUUUUGGCACUGAUAGUCCAUGUCACUUUUUCUGUACGAAAAUGAAGCUAUUUAUUCACAGCUUUGACUCAAGAGAGUUGGCUAUUUAGAAUGCAGAUGUCAGGAAGUUACUUGUGAGCAGUUUAAUAUUAAUGAGUGGUUUGUACAUUUCAGCACAAGUAUUUUUAAAAUGAUUUAUCGUGUAUGUAUCACUUGUAUCUAUUUGGAAAUAAAUGUGUUGUUAAAGCAGCCUCCUACUUAUAGGUGUAUAUGAAUGAAAUGUAUUUUGGAAUAAUAAAAACAUUCAAGUCUAU